AUGGACAAUGUCAUGUUUGCCAUUGGUUCCAAAGAGAAUCCACUUUCUCCAUACUCCCCGAAUGAAGCCCUGAUGCCCAGAAUCGGAUACACGGUGCUGUCCAUUAUCAUGGGAGUGGUCUCCACGGCUGGGAUCAUUCUGAACGUUACAGUUAUUGUGACGACACUUCGUCACAGGAAACUGAGGCAGCCUCUGAACUACGCUCUGGUGAACCUGGCAGUAGCAGACUUAGGAGCGGCUCUGACUGGAGGGCUGAUGACAACGGUGACAAACGGCAUGGGCUACUUCAGCCUGGGGAGGAUCGGCUGUGUGAUCGAAGGGUUCGCUGUGGCUUUCUUCGGCAUUGCAGCAUUGUGCACAGUGGCAGUUAUCGCAGUGGAACGCUUCUUCGUGGUGUGCAAACCUCUGGGUUCCAUUAUGUUCCGGACAAAUCAUGCUGUGGCGGGGGUGGCGUUCUCCUGGGUCUGGUCCUUGAUUUGGAACACACCGCCUCUGUUUGGGUGGGGGAGCUACCAGCUGGAGGGGGUAAAGACCUCUUGUGCCCCCAACUGGUACAGCAGGGACCCAUGGAACAUCUCCUAUAUCCUGUGCUACUUCCUUUUGUGCUUCGCCAUCCCAUUCAGCAUCAUUGUGAUCUCCUAUUCACAGCUACUAUGGGCACUACGGCAGGUGGCCAGACUCCACAUGUCUGAAGGGGGCACUACUGCUAGAGUGGAGGUCAAGGUAGCCCGCAUGGUAAUUGUGAUGGUACUGGCCUUCCUGCUCACCUGGCUGCCCUAUGCUGCCUUUGCAUUGGCAGUUAUCACUUACCAUGAUCUUCACAUCAGCCCCAUCAUUUCUACUGUCCCCAUGUAUCUGGCCAAGAGCAGUACCAUCUUCAACCCCAUCAUUUACAUUUUCAUGAACAAACAGUUUAGGGACUGCGCUGUUCCAUUCCUGCUUUGUGGAAGAAAUCCAUGGGCUUCUGAUUCAGAGGGAUUAGAAGCAGAAACCACCAUCUCCACUGUCAGCAAAAGCCCCAAAGUCUCUCCUGCAUAA